AUGAUCUGUAAAAGAAGGAAAUGUCUUUUUGAUUAGCAUUAUUUUCUUUACUUAACCGAAAAUUCAAUCCAAAUAGGGAAAGUAUGUUAAAUGAAUCUCACCCUUAGGAUUAGAACAACAUCAAAUAUGAAAUCACAAUUGGAUUAGCCACCAUUUUGGAAUGGAAAUUGGAUUAGCAAAAACAAUUCAAAGGAUUCACCAUUGAAAUUGCAAAGAAAGAGAAAUAUUUUCUCAUUUCUCAUUUGGAUUGUGUGUUUCUGAAGGAUAAGCUUGAUAGCAAAGUAGUUUAUAAGAAUAUCAAUUCCUUUUACAAACCAUAAACCAUUAUUGGAGAAGGCAACUUUGGGAAGGUAAGCAGAAACAAUUUAUUGUAGGUCUUGCUCAUAAAGAAUAUACAAGAUGGAAAAAUGUAUGCAACCAAGACUUUGAGAAACGAUUUGAUGACUUCUUUGGAUGUAAUGAAUUUUGUAUUUACAACUAGGACAUUCAAGACGAAAUAGCGGCGUUGUAAUCCUUAAAACAUAGAAAUGUCGUUUAGUUAAAGAGUAUAUUCUAGCACAAGAAAUAUUGGCUAUUGAUAAUGGAGUAUUGUGAAGGAGGUUAAUUAAAAGAGUAUUUGGAAAACCAUUCUUUGGAUAACUCCGAAAUUAUUGCAGUAAUGUGUGUAAGAGUAUUUCGCUACCUUAGUAAUUGCUCUCUGGCUUAGCCUAUAUACAUAAUCAAGGCUUCGUUCACAGAGAUAUCAAGCCUGAGAAUAUUUUGUUGAGAAAGAAGGAUUCUUUAAUUGAUAUUGUGAUUUCUGAUUUUGGAUUCGCAGUAAAGAUCGAUGAUGUAUCCACUAACAGACCAAGGUGUGGUACACCUGGAUAUAUUGCUCCAGAAAUAAUUACAUUUGAUCAAAAACACAAUUACAAUGAAUUAUGUGAUAUGUUCAGUUGUGGCGUUGUACUGUUUAGAUUGUAAGAUGUCCAUAUCUACUGUCUAGAAUAACAGGAAAGAAUUUGUUAUAGGAAAACAGCAAUUAAAUUAUUGACCAACAAUUCAUAGGAGAUCUGAGUGAAUUGAUUAAGUAAGAGAUACACGGGGAGUUUGCCAAAAUCAUACUUUAGAUGUUGGAAUUGGAUCCAAGUAAACGAAUAACCGCAGAAUAGGCCUUGAAGUACUUUGAGGAUUUCGAUGAUAUGAAACUAUAUCAAGAGACUCCAAUAUAAUAGUUAAAACAUUUAGCAGUCCAUUUUCUAUUCGUUAAUUGA